CACCGUGCAACCAGCAGGCGGGUCAGAGCUCUGAGCUCACUGCAAAUAGCAACAUCAUCAUCAUCAUCAUUAGUAACCGCAACACCCUCCUCCUCCUCCUCCACCUCCAGGACUCCCAUACAGACACACAGCUGUCGGCCUGAUCUGGCCCCCCACAGGACACCAUCCACAGCCCGCGUCCUUGGCCCCCACAUCGGAUCCAUCCUCUCCAUAGAGAAUCGUACAAGCCAGCCAGAGGAGGAAGAGGAAAUAGAAGGAAGGGAGGGGAGAGAGGAGGCAGGAUCGGUGGGGGGAGAGCAGGGCCCCGAUCGGGGUGUGGAGACAAGGAAGGAGGAACGAUCGUGUGUGGGGACAACGCAUAGACUGGACCAGGAGCACAGAGAUUGAUAUUUCUUACCAUCGGGAACUGAAAACGAGUCCAAAGAUGGCAGCUAAUAAGCCUAAGGGGCAGAAUUCCUUGGCAUUACAUAAAGUCAUCAUGGUGGGAAGUGGCGGUGUAGGAAAAUCUGCCUUAACUCUUCAGUUUAUGUAUGAUGAGUUUGUAGAAGACUAUGAACCAACGAAAGCAGACAGUUACCGCAAGAAAGUUGUGCUGGAUGGAGUUGAGGUCCAGAUUGACAUCUUGGACACUGCGGGUCAGGAGGAUUAUGCUGCUAUCAGAGACAAUUACUUCCGCAGUGGAGAGGGAUUUCUCUGUGUCUUCUCCAUCACAGAACAGGAAUCCUUUGCUGCUACUGCAGACUUCAGGGAGCAGAUCCUGCGAGUAAAAGAAGAUGAGAAUGUCCCGUUUCUUCUGGUCGGUAACAAAUCAGAUCUGGAGGACAAAAGACAGGUCUCUGUAGAAGAAGCAAAGAGCAGAGCUGAUCAGUGGAAUGUUAACUACGUAGAAACUUCAGCAAAGACACGAGCCAAUGUUGAUAAGGUAUUCUUUGAUUUAAUGCGAGAAAUCCGUGCCCGAAAAAUGGAGGACAGCAAAGAAAAGAAUGGCAAGAAGAAGAGAAAAAGCUUAGCCAAGAGGAUAAGAGAGAGAUGCUGUAUUUUAUAAUGAAAACCCGACAUCCUCACUUUUUUUUUCCACUUUUUUUUGUUUUAAUUAAUAAGAACCAUUACUUGUUAGCAUGCCCUCAGACGGCUGUGGUGUCCAGCUGUCAUUUUCAUUUUGGAGACAUUACAUUACACUAAAAAAGCAUGACUGGGACACUGCUCUGGACAGACCACUACAAAACGAAAAAUCACUAACUACAUCACCUAGAAACGAAAACCCAUCUGGAAGACGUGCUUGGAAUUACCUGUAUAAUGUUCCUGAAUGUAUAUGUUUUUGAGAGCGGAUGCGGUAGUAUGUGAAUACUUCAUUUCUGGGGAGGUUAUGCUUCUCUGUUUCUAUUCCUACUUUUAAAUAGAGCAGCAGCACUGAUUGACAUUAAAGCUGAACCUGAACCUCCGGGCAAAUAUAAAAACGCAGUAUAAUGCUAGGUAUCCAACUAGUUUGUGUAUCCAAGUUUGAUUUGAGAUCCUUCUCUUGUACAGCAGUACACAGACCUGGAAAAAGAAGCCCAGCACCUGAAGCCCAUAGGGUUCUGCUGACAGAAGGACAGAGGAGAGUGAUUACCUUAGCAGUUUGUUGCUUCUCUUAUGCUGUCUAAUCAGGGCUGGGGGCACAUAGGUGACCAAGCUGUAUUGCUUACCCAUAGUAGAAAAGAGUCAGGUCACAGCUUGGCUGUGCUAUGUGGCAGCUCAGUGUAAAUCUUAAGACUGGCUGGACAAAAUCACAAAUCCUUAGGUGAAACCACUACCAGAUAUGCAUUUCAACUGCACACCUUGCUGUCUGUCUGUAGUCCAGCUUUAUUGCAGGUUCCGUGUAAUUUUGUUGUCUAAAGCAACAUAAACUACUCUUAUAUUUUG